CAACACAUUUUGCCAAUGAUAGUGUCCCACAGGAGAUGUUUAACAAGGUCCCUAGUAGCCAUCUAUAACCUUUCCCUACUCUCAUGCUGUGCGGCUUUUCACUCUUCCCCAUGGACCUGUGACAGGCAGCCCUCACGGGCACCUGCCAAACACCCUUCCCAAGUGAAAUCCUCUCCAGUGGUGUCCCGUCCUAGUUCUCCCUCUCCUACCAACCCUCUGGACAGUCAUGGAGACACCAGCCAAGAGGGCGCAACAGUCAGACCUCUGUCUCUUCAGGACCACUCUAUCUCAAGGCCCCAGAGGUCAGGCUCAGGUGCCAGAAGCCAGACUCUUCCCAGGGCCAGCUCAGCCACCAGAAGGUCAGAGGAGACCCAGGGGGCCAGAGGAGAACGGGGGGCCCUGGUCAACAUGGAACUUCUUGGGUUGCCUAACAUUGGCAACACUUGCUUCCUAAACGCCACCCUGCAGUGCCUCCUGGUCCUGCCUUCCUUCUCAAAGGAAAUCCUACGCCAGGAACAACUCUGGAGCUCCUCCCCCUUCUCCAACCUGCUCAGGUGUCUGUCUGAUGUGCACCGUUCGGGUCUACCUGACAGUGGCGCAAACCAGGCCUCAAAAGCAGACCUCAUGUGGAAGGUCAAGUACUCCUUGUCGGGAUAUGAUUUGAAGUAUCUGGGGGACACGCAACAGGACGCACACGAGUUACUUGUGAAUAUGCUGUGCCAGCUGAAGGAGGAGGGCAUGAUACUGAAGACACUCGGGUGAACUAUACCUGCCCUGUUUCCCAGCUGGAGUUCCAGCUUGUCUCAGUGCGCACAUGUACCAGCUGUGGGCGCGAGUCGUCCACCAGAGAGGACUACAAUCACCUCUCAUUGGACUUCAGCUCUGAGCGCACCUUGCUAAGCAGCCUUGCACUCACUUUCAAAGUCAGCACGUAGGGUUUAGUUAGCCCUGGGUGUAGAGACUAACACCCAGGGCAAGCUGCCCACUGUCUCAGAAUACGGUGUCUUAUUAUUGUAGUGGUAUCACUCAUUUU